UUUUUUUCUACAUUUACCAUGUUUUAAUAAUUUUAAAACAGACAUAUAUUUUUAUAAAUUUUAUUUAGAUUACAUAAACUAAGUUUUUAAUCUAUAAUAUAUCGUUUAUUUUUAAUAGUAUAGUUUAAUUUCUUCUUCAAAUUAGAUAUUACUUUGGUGUGUUUUAUUUUAUUUGGUAAAUAUAUAAUAUAACUCUCUUUCUCUAUACUAUUAUUUUUGAAGUGAUUUUUCGCUUUCGAGAUUUCACAUUAAAAAUUAAAGUGGUUAAUAUCGUUUAUACCCUUAAUGAAUAAAAUAUAUAAAUUAGCAACAAAAUAAAAAUGAAUGUAACAUUUUAGAUUAGAUAAAUGAUUGAAAUUAAUAACUCGUCCAUGGAUGAAAACUUCUACGUUUGUUUGCGUUGCCAUGUCCUUUGUUUCUGUCAGAGUUUCAUUUAUCUACAAGGAUUUGGAAAUAAAAAACGAGAGUAGAAGUUGAAUAAACGGUUAUUGAUCUCAUUUAGUAAUUGAUAAUCAUUAGAUAAUUUAUAAUUGGUUAUUCUCUUUUUCCUUUUUAAAUGUGUUUUGUAAAAAACUCAUCCACUAUUAUCAAUGAUUAGGAAAUAUCUAUACUAUUAUUUGCGAAGUAAUUUUCCUCAUUCGAGAUUUCACGUUAAAAGUUAGAAUGAUUAAUAUUGUUUAUAUCUUUAAUGAAUAAAAUAUAUAAAUUAGCAACAAAAUAAAAAUAAUUCAGACGGGAAAAAAAAAUAUUACACUAAUUAACCAAAAAACAACUAUGUAAAAAAGUGGCAAUUAAAUAUUUAUUUUAAAAUUAAAAGGCUAGAAUUGGGCAUUUAAUUUGAUACUUCCAAAAAUGUAUGUUUAUAAAUAUAUUUACCUUUUUGGGGUAAAAUGCUAAGACAGAUGAAAAAUUUGUCAAACUUAUGUUAAUGGGUGAGAAAAACAAAAUUUGUCAAACAUAAAUGAAAGUAAUAAUGUAUGUAACUGGUAAAAUGACAUGAACCAGACACUAACGAACCGAAUGAAAAUAAAAUAAGCAUAAAAAUAUUAUUAUACAUAAUUCGAUUCGUGUGAAUCACUUCGACUACCAUGUCUUUUUCAUUUUCUUGGUGCAUCUUUCUUGAAAAGAUUUGGUUCCAUAUUUUUCUAUAUAAUAUACGAAGAUAGGAAGCUUAUAAGUUAUAACAAAAUAAAGAAAAGCUGGUAUUGGUAUGUUAUUAGAUAAUAAACUGAAUUACACCCAAAAAAAUGAUUUUCGUUAUAUAUAUAUAUAUAUAUAUAUAUAUAUAUAUAUAUAUAUAUAUAUAUAUAUAUAUAUACAUAUAUACAUAUAUAUAUUUUUUGGCAACGAUUUUCGUUAGAGACAAUGUGUUGAAUACCUCCAAUUAAGGUCGUAGCUAAAUGCCCAUAAUUAUGGAUAAUCCAAAAAUGAGUAAUAUUUUACACUGUGCUGAUGAAAAUAACCUUAUGCUUUAUCGAAAACAAGUAACUCUAGAUCUAUCAGCUAAAUAUUUACAUAGCAGGUAACAAUCUACAUACCAACUAACAUAUCAACUAAUAAUUUUAGUAUCAACUAACAAUCUAUGUAUCAAACAAAUAUAUCGACUAACAAAUCAUAUAUCAAUUAAUGAAACUAUUAACAAUUAAUUAGUUAUCUAUCAAAUAGCUCAGAAUCUAUUUGUAACAGCUAACACUCCAUGUAUCGAUUAAGAAUUCAUUAAAAUCUAAAUAAUAGCAGGUAAUUAAUAAAAUAUCUACUAACGUAUAUAUUAUCUAAAAAUUGAUUGUGAGUCGAAAUUGGAAACAUUGGAAUUGGGGUGAGAUAAUAAGAUUAGCAUUAUGGGUGCUAAAAAGAAUCAAAAUAUAAAAAAAAAAAAUUUGUGUUGAAUUAGAAGAUGAUUUAAAGAAUCUGUACGAGAAAUAAAGUGAUAAGAACACAUAAAAGAAAAAAAAAUAGAAAUAAAAGUAUUAUAAUCAUAAAAAAUAUUAAAAAGAAACAAGAGUAUAUGACAAAUUAUAUGGACUUCUAGAUUAUCCACACCAAUUUCUCUUUUCGUUAUAUAGCGAGUGAAAAACGGCAUGUGACACUUCUUAUAACAUACAAAAAAGCAUAUGACGAAUCUUACUGAAAAUAUAACAUGUUUUUUUUUGAAAAAGGGCAUGAAGUAUAAGACCAUGUCCAACGGUGGAUUUCACCCGGUCCAUAAGAGAAAUCCUUAAGCAUAAUUGUAAUUAAAUACUAUUAUUAGCGUUAAAUCGACGAAGGAUUGGUCCGUCGCAGCGGACUUAAGGAUUCAAUCCUUAGCCACGCGUCACGUGGUGAGUGGAUCGAAUUUGUGUUUGGUUUGUGUAGGGUCGAAAAAAAAAAUCAUUCUCGAGCCAAACCGAAAAAAAAAAACUCCUCUUCGACAUAAGGCGAUUUCGAGACGAUUCUGCUCGAUCUCUCAUCCUCAGCUCGUGUAAGGUAAAUCAAAGCUUUAACUCGUAGAUUUAUCGAUUAUAGAUCACUCUCCAUCUUGUUUGUUCUGUAUUAAGGGUUUGGUUCUCGGAUUCCGACAGAUUUGAGAAAAUUUUCAAAUUAGGGUUUCAUAAAUAUUUGGGGCAAAAUCGAUUUACGGAUUCUUUGGGGGUUUAGAUAGGGUUUCCAAACGUUUAUGGUUUGUAUCGGUCUCGGAUCUCCUCUCUUGUUGAUUACAGAGAGCUGCUCUUUAACGAUUUUGGGGACCGUGUUGCUCAGCUCUUACAUGUCAAAUCUAUUGUUCCUUUUCCGCUUAAUGAGAAUCAAGAUUUUUAGCAAGAGGUCCUUAUUGUCAACACUCAUCUCUUGUUCCCACAUGAUUCUCGUUCAUGUGCUUUUGAUUAUUUAACAUUGAUUGCUGUUGUUCUUUAACAUACGUAAUUGAUUAACGUUGUUCUUACUCGUUAUUUGCUGUUGAUUUUAUUGGUCCUUAACAUAAGUGUUUACUUGUUUUGGUUGCAGAUAAACGAUAAUGGGACGAUACAGUUACAGCCAGCCUUCUUCCUCCUCACACUCUCCAGACUUAACCUCCCUCCUUGAAGCCGAAUGUGAGAUGUACGCGGCUGAAGCUGAGAUUACUCGGUGGAAUGCAGAAGCCAGUGACUGGGAACCAUCAGCAGAGGGUGAUGAUGGCAUCCCAAGGACAUGCUACUGUGGUUCAGAGCCAGUUCACGGAUACUCCCAAACGCCAAAAGAUCCAUACCGACGUUACAUAACGUGCUCCAAUGCCGAUGAUAGAGACUGCCACGUCUGGAAAUGGUGGGACGUGGCGGUGGAGGAGGAGCUGAGAGAGUUUCAGAGGGAGCUUAAUGCGGUUAAGGGUGAAGCGAAUCAACGUGAGCAGAAGUUACUCCGUCUUGAGAAGCAAGUUUCCGAGUUCACAAAGAAGAAAUCAGGAGCUAAGCUAAUGGUCUUCAGCUUAGUGUUAGGGUUGGUGUUGCUUAUUGUGCUAGGAAUACUUGGAAAGGAUUCAGAGGAUUGGGGCGUACGUGCUUUGUUUCUUUAACGAGAUAUGCACAUUUGAUUCCUCUUUCAACAUUCCACGUGAAGGUUACAUCGUACAAUACAGUGAGACACUUGUUCUUUUGGUGCUGAGAUCUUCAUCGUCAAACCGGUUAGUAAAAUCACAAACGGUUUGUAAAAUCACAAACCAUCAAAUUUUUUUUUUUUUUGUAAUAUGACUAGUAUUUUAAAUAACAGCUCAAAACUAAAGUUCUAUAAUAAUCGUAAUAUGACUAUUUAAAAAAAAAAAUGUGCAUAUCUAAAACAAAAUAAAAUUUUAUUUAUCUUUAAAGUUCAAUAAUAUUCCUAAUAUGAGAAUGUUCAAAAUUAAAGUUUUAUAAUAUUGUUAAUAUGAUAAACUUUAUUUUAAAAAGUUCAGAAUUAAAGUUCAAUAAUAUUCCUAAUAUGAGAAGGUUCAAAAUUAAAGUUUUAUAAUAUUGUUAAUAUGAUAAAAAUUUGUUGAUGAAAGGUUCAAACUUAAAGUUUUAUAAUAUUGUAAAUAUGAUAAACUCUAUUUAAAAAAGUUCAAAAUUAAAGUUUUCUAUGAUUAACAUAUUAGGACUUCUUAAAAUGUCAACAUCUUCAUCCGAUGGUCUAGACGAAAGAAUAGACGAACUUGUUGAUGAAAUAGUUGAAGAUUACUACAACGACAUAGUGGAGGACCAACCCGAUGAUGAGGCGAACCGUGCUUAUAUUGAACGAGACCGUGAAGGAGGAGAUGAUCAGUUAUGGAAUGACUACUUCAGUGAAGACCCGACAUACUCGGCACAAAUAUUUAGAAGACGUUUCCGCAUGAACAAGAAUUUAUUCCUGCGUAUUGUCAGAGCCCUCAAGCAGAACUUUAUAUUCUUUCAGCAGAGAAAAGAUGCAACCGGUAGGUGGGGUCUAUCAUCACUUCAAAAGUGUACGGCGGCGAUUCGUCUGCUUGCUUAUGGUACAGCGGCUGACUCGGUUGACGAAUAUCUCCGACUUGCGGACACUACAGCACACUCUUGUUUACAUCAUUUCACUGACGCAGUUAUACACUUAUUUGGUAAUGAGUAUCUACGACGACCCACAAAGGAGGAUCUUCAACGACUACUCUAUAUUGGAGAGCAACGCGGUUUUCCAGGGAUGGUCGGGAGCAUUGACUGUAUGCAUUGGGAGUGGAAAAACUGCCCAACCGCUUGGAAAGGACAAUACACACGUGGAUCCGGAAAACCGACGAUUGUUUUAGAGGCUGUAGCUUCACAAGAUCUUUGGAUAUGGCACGCUUUCUUCGGUCUUCCAGGUACCUUAAACGAUAUUAAUGUCCUCGAUCGGUCUCCGGUUUUUGACGAUAUCUUAGAAGGUCGAGCUCCGAGGGUAAGGUACAUGGUCAACGGACACAUGUAUAAGUUGGCAUACUAUCUCACGGACGGUAUAUAUCCAAAGUGGUCAACAUUUAUCCAAUCUAUCACACUCCCUCAAUGUCCCAAACAAGCGUCAUUUGCUAAAUGGCAAGAAGCAGCCCGAAAAGAUGUCGAGCGGGCAUUUGGAGUAUUGCAAGCUCGGUUUGCGAUAGUGAAAAACCCGGUUCGUACAUUGGACAGAGAGAAGAUAGGGAAGAUUAUGAGAGCAUGUAUCAUACUACACAAUAUGAUAGUUGAAGAUGAACGAGAUGGUUAUACAAACCGGGUUAAUAUUUCAGAUUUUCAAGAAGGAGAAUCUUCGAGAACCUCGGAGGUCCUAAACGAAAUUCCUACAUUGUUCAAUGAUACAUUUCCCGACCGCAAUGAUCUUCGUGAUAGGCAAACUCAUGAUCGAUUGAAGAAUGAUUUGAUCGAAAACAUUUGGAAUAAAUUUGGUAAUCAAGAUUAA